UAGCCAUGUGUGCGGAUUUGAUGUUUGAAUGAAGGAGGGAAAGAACCAUGUAAGCUUUUGCAGUAUAAUUCACAAGAAAUAAGACGGAGCAAAAUUCUUAAGGGAUCAAAUUUAUGAUUUUUUUUCGUAUUUCGUCUGUGCCAGAUUGUCCGAGGAGAUCAGUCUUUAAUUCCUUUUCUUCAUCCUGAUCUUAGACUGGAAAUCCUUUCUAAAAGCUCCAACUCGGUUCUAUUUGCUGACUUCUUCACAUCUUGUUGUUUUUUGUACGAUUCACAUGGGAAUCUUUGAGGACAUGGGUUUCUGCACUAAUCUUGAUUUUGUCUCAGUCCCUAAUGGGGAAGUUGAGUUGGCAGCAGAAUGUGAACCAGUGGCCGCAGUUGAGGAGGAUUAUAGUGAUGAAGACAUGGAUGUUGAUGAGCUUGAGAGGAGGAUGUGGAGGGAUCGAAUGCUCCUGAAGCGGCUUAAAGAACAAAACAAGAAUAAGGAAGGAAUUGAUAGUGCUAAGCACCGUCAAUCUCAAGAACAAGCCCGUAGGAAGAAGAUGUCGCGGGCACAAGAUGGUAUCCUCAAAUACAUGCUGAAAAUGAUGGAGGUUUGCAAGGCUCAGGGCUUUGUGUAUGGUAUCAUUCCUGAGAAGGGAAAGCCAGUGAGUGGAGCUUCUGAUAAUUUGAGAGCCUGGUGGAAGGAAAAAGUCAGGUUUGAUAGGAAUGGCCCUGCUGCAAUAGCCAAGUAUCAAGCAGAUCAUUCAUUGCCUGGGAAAAUUAUAGAUUAUAGUACAGAGCCUCCCACGCCUCACACCUUGCAAGAGCUUCAAGACACAACUCUUGGGUCACUUCUCUCAGCUUUGAUGCAGCAUUGUGAUCCACCGCAGAGGCGUUUCCCAUUGGAGAAAGGUGUUGCCCCACCAUGGUGGCCUACUGGUAAGGAGGAAUGGUGGCCUCAGUUAGGUCUGCCAAAGGAUCAGGGGCCCCCUCCAUACAAGAAACCCCAUGAUUUGAAGAAGGCGUGGAAAGUGAGUGUUCUCACUGCAGUAAUAAAGCACAUGUCGCCAGACAUUGCCAAGAUCCACAAACUUGUUCGUCAAUCUAAAUGCUUACAAGAUAAAAUGACUGCAAGGGAGAGCGCCACGUGGCUUGCAAUAAUUAAUCAAGAAGAAGCAUUGUUGAGAAAUCUGUAUCCUAAUAGCUGCCUGCCUCUGACUGCUGUUGGGAGUGGUUCUUAUGCCACAGAUGAUACAAGUGAUUAUGAUGUCGAGGAAUCCGACAAGGAACACAAAGCUGAAGCAGAGGAUUGCAGGCUGCGUGAUGUGAGUCUCUUGAGUAUGGGGGAAGCAGGGCAAAAAGAUAGGGUUAUAAUGUCCCAAUUUGCUCCUCAAAUUAAAGAAGAAUUUGUUGGGAAUGCUAUGCAUUUCAAUUAUAAGAGGAAGCAUCAAAAUGAUGAGCAGCAGAGGUCGAUGGAUCGGAAUGUAUACACCUGUGAGUACCCCCAAUGCCCAUAUAAUGACUAUCGCUUCGGAUUUGUUGACAGGAUUUCAAGAAACAAUCACCAGUUGCAUUGUACUUUCCGUGAUAUUUCUUCUCAACGAGUUGGAAUACCAAAUUUCCAAGUCACUGAUGAGAAACCAGCAGUUUUCAGUUUACGCUCUCCUCAAACUAAGCAAACUUUGCCAUUGGUGAAUCAGACGACCCCCGACAACUUGUCAGGACUUGGGCUCCCAGAAGAUGGACAGAAAAUGAUUUCUGAGCUUAUGUCUUUCUAUGAUUCCAGUCUAGAGCGGGACAAGAUCAUGGAUCCUGGGGAUGUCAAAGUUAUAGGAUGUGCAGAUCAGCUGCAGCAGCAACUACAACAUCAGCAGCCAAAACUUGAAGUUCAGCAACCAAAAUUUGAACUUCAGCCAGAUGAUAGCUGCUAUGGGCAAGGGGUAAUAUUGGGUGGCUACAUAUCUCAAGGGGCCAAUCUGCCGUUGGACGACUCUUUUUUCCCAUCAAUUGAAAUUCAGCUUGAGCAGUGCAAGGCAUUUGAUACCAAUUACAUUGACAGUAUGUCAGACUUCAGAUUUGGCCCUCGUUUUAGUUUUGGAUCUACUGAUUGCAUCGUGGACCCUCACCCAAAGCAGGAUCUGGCCAUGUGGUAACUUUGAUGGAAGAAGUAGAGCUUUCAUACCAGUUCUCUUGUUGGUCGUCGGUUGAAGUCACUGAACAAAGGGAGAAACCAUACUUACAGUGUCAUUGCUCUAAAUGGGCAGUGCUGCUUAGUUGUUCUCAUAGUAUAAGUUGUUUUAUACAUGUUUGUAUUUGUAGUUAUUUGUGUUUGUAGACUUUGGCUUGUCUUUUGCAACUUUUAUCCUAGUAUGUAUGCCCCUUUCACUGCAGUCCCAGAUAGGGUUGGACAUCAAAACCCCCAUAUUUGGUGAUGACUUGUGAAGGGUCAACUGUCUGUUCCCAAAGUUUAUUUGGCUUGUGGUCAUGUAAUAUUUAUAUACAUACAUAGAUGCACUAAUGUCCAGUUCUUUUGUAA